CAAUUCCUGCCCACCCUCGGCAGCCAGGCGGCGGGCCGGGGUUUUUUCCCACCCGCCGCUGCUAAUGCCGCCCGAGAGCGCAGUCGGGUUCAAACCCUGCGCCAUGCCUUCCUCGAGCUGCAGAAGACUCUCCCCUCUGUGCCGCCCGACACCAAGCUCUCCAAGCUGGAUGUGCUCCUCCUGGCCACCACCUAUAUCGCACACCUCACUCGCAGCCUUCAGGAUGAGGAAGAGGCACCGGGAGAGGGCUUGGGUAACCUCCGAGGGGAUGGAUACCUCCACCCCGUCAAG